AUGGUGUAUGAUUUUCAUCAACAUUCAUGGUUUGUGAGAGGUUAUGACAAAGAAGAAAAAGCAGCUCUAGCCUAUGAUUUAGCAGCCCUAAAAUACUGGGGAACCACAACAACAACAAAUUUUCCGAUUAGUCAAUAUGAAAAAGAGUUGGAAGAAAUGAAGCACAUGACAAGGCAAGAGUAUGUUGCGUCAUUGAGAAGGAAGAGUAGUGGAUUUUCUCGUGGUGCAUUCAUUUAUCGCGGAGUAACUAGGCAUCAUCAACAUGGUAGAUGGCAAGCUCGGAUUGGAAGAGUUGCAGGCAACAAAGAUCUCUAUCUAGGAACUUUUAGUAAGUGA